GGGGAGGGGCAGUGGCCACAGCUUGUCCUGUCUGCAGAAUCUUCUGUCGUGUCGUGAACAGAGCCAUUCCCACCUGGGAUGCAUUCCUUCCCCCCUGGAAGCUGCAGGGAAGCUGAGGCUGGUGGCAGGAGGGGCUGUCCUCACAGGGUGAGGAGUUUGGCAGGCCCACUGGCAGUGGCCGGAGCCCCGGACAUGGCCGCAGCCCCUGCUCUGCCAGCUUUGUCUGGUGGUCUUGUGGGGGUAGGAAGAGCGCUCAGUGGCCCUGAGCUUGCACCUGUGCCCCGGGGAGCCCUUGGCCGAUCGCUUGUUAGCCGCAGCGGCCUGGGGCCUAUUCCUGCCUGCCCUCCCAUCGGGGAAGGCACAUUCCUGUGUGCAUCUGGCCAGCUGUGUGGCUGGUGGGCAGCCUUGGGCUGGCGGAGGCUGGUGGGGCUUUGUGCCGGCACUGCUGGCUGGUGCCCCAUCUGCCCUGUCACCACCCGGGUCCCUGUGGGACCAGCACUGGCAGCUCGCCUGCUGCUGGGGGCUCUGCUGGCACCGACCACAGCCAGCUGCAGGGCCGCAGCGACCAGACCCGCUUGAGUCAGCAGAAACCGCCCCGCUCUGGCAGGACCAAAAUAGCCUCCUUCCUUUUCCAGCACUUGAGGGUUUUUCCGCCUUCUAGGGGAAAAACAAAACAAAACCCAAAGAAAGACACGCGAAUUGCAGCAUCUGCAGCCACCAGAAUGGUUUUCCUGAGGCCUCCUCGCGAGACGGGGGUCCUCGCUCCCUCCUGUCUGGUCCAGGCUGGCGUGUGUGCGGGUGCAAACGGGUGUGUGGCGGAGCUGGAGUUCGUUGAGAUCACCAUCAUCGUGGUGGUGGUGAUGGUGAUGGUGGUCGUGAUCACGUGCCUGCUGAGCCACUACAAGCUGUCCGCACGCUCCUUCAUCGGCCGGCACAGCCAGGGCAGGAGAAGAGAAGAUGCCCUGUCCUCAGAAGGAUGCCUCUGGCCCUCAGAGAGCACCGUGUCAGGGAACGGAGUCCCAGAGCCACAGGUCUAUGCACCUCCGAGGCCCUCCGACCGCCUGGCCGUGCCCCCCUUCACCCAGCGAGACCGCUUCCACCGCUUCCAGCCCACAUACCCAUACCUGCAGCACGAGAUCGACCUGCCGCCCACCAUCUCACUGUCAGAUGGGGAGGAGCCCCCACCCUACCAGGGCCCCUGCACUCUCCAGCUGCGGGACCCCGAGCAGCAGCUGGAGCUAAACCGGGAGUCUGUGCGUGCACCCCCAAACAGAACCAUCUUCGACAGCGACUUGAUGGACAGUGCCAUGUUGGGCGGCCCCUGCCCACCCAGCAGUAACUCGGGCAUCAGUGCCACGUGCUACGGAGGUGGCGGGCGCAUGGAAGGGCCACCUCCCACCUACAGCGAGGUCAUCGGGCACUACCCGGGGGCUUCCUCCUUCCAGCACCAGCAGAGCAGUGGGCCGCCCUCCUUGCUGGAGGGGCCCCAGCUCCACCACGCACACAUCGCUCCCCUGGAAAGCACAGCCGCCUGGAGCAAAGAGAAGGAUAAACAGAAAGGACACCCUCUCUAGGAAUCUCGGGGCUGGGGCUGGGGCUGGGGCAGCACCAGGGAAAAGGCGAAACACUCCGCCCUUCUUAAGAGAGAAAACGGAGCAUGGGCAACACAGAAAAUGCGGCGCAUAACCAUUCUCUCCCCACCUCUGUGUAUAAAUAUUUACGUGUUCUGUCUGGUCUGAAUGCACAAGCUAAGAAAGCUUGCAAAAAACCACGUUUUUUUGUUGAGCUGUGUCUUGAAGGCAAAAGAGGAAAAACAAUUCUACCCUAGUCUUUUCUGUUUCUAGUUGAGCUGCGUUGUGUGGAUGCUUCUUUCUUUGUUUAUGAUGAUUUCACUUAACUUUAAAAACAUAUUUGCACAAAACCUUUGUUUAAAGAUCUGCAAUAUUAUAUAUAUAAAUAUAUAUGAAAUAAGAGAAACUGUGUGUGAGGGCAGGAGUAUUUUUGUAUUAGAAGAGGCCUAUUAAAAAAAAAAGUUGUUUUCUGAACUAGAAGAGAAAAAAAUGGCAAUUUUGAGUGCCAACUCAGAAAGUGUGUAUUACCUUGUAAAGAAAAAAAAGCAGGGGUUUAGAGUUAUUUAUAUAAAUGUUGAGCUUUUGCACUAUUUUUUAAUAUAAAUAUGUCAGUGCUUGUUUGAUGGAAAGUUCUGUCAUGUCUGUUGAGACUUUUAAGGGAGAAAUGUCAGAAUUAUACGGUCGACGUCAGGCAGAGGGUGGGCUCCACACGGAGUUUAGGGAGAGGCUUCCAGAGGGGCCACUUUCCUGCAGAGUGGAAGCUUCUGUCUAGUGAUAGGUUAUUACCUCGUUAUACAUUCCCCACCCAAGGAGACCCAUUUUUUCCCCUCUGGGCCAGAACAGCCUUUGUAUUGCAAAUGAAAUAGGACAGUUACUCAGAGCACCGAGUUCCAGAGUGGCUUCGCCUUUCCCCGGAUGGAAAUGAGCUGCUCCCGAAAGCAUCAUAGCUUUCCUUCUGUUUUUUCAACCACGAAGCCCCCCGUAGGAAGGGGCUGGAGGUGCUCCCUGCAAGUUGCAGCCGCUUCCUGCACCUAUGGCCGGAAGGGUGCAGAUGGCUUGUUUGCACAAUGCUGGGUGGCAGUUCAGCUGACCCCAGAAUAUAUUGGCUACGGUCAGUGCAGUCCACUGGCAUAUAGGAAAGGCCCAAAGUAUUAGGAAUCUGACCUCAUCCCUGUCAUUCUCUUUAUGUAUUGAUCCUCACUUAACAGGCCAAUAAACAGAAGACCAGAGAUGAACCAGUGACACGGCCACGUUUCUCCCAGGACACGUGAAGAGUUUUAGAAGCAGAAUUCCUUACCUUCUGUCCCGCAUCUUCACUCCCUUCCCUUGGGGAAAGAAUCAUGUUUGAUGUGUUUAUUUAUCUGUGUUUUCAGAAGCAUUUUUAUCAGACACAGAACGAUUGAGUUGAUUUCGGUUUGGCGGGACCGCUUGUUGGCAGCAUGUAGGUGAAGAAGUGUGACUGAGCAAAUAGCGACAACAGGAGGGUGGGGCGCGGGCUCCUUGGGGUCUGCCAGGGACAGGGGCUGGAGCCAGAGGCCCUGCCUUCCCCCAGGACUUGCUAACACUCCCCGGGGUGAGUCCCCCGCUGAAGAGCAAGCCCCCACCCCUCCCAUCCCACAGAGGCGUCUCCGUUUCCCGCACAGUACUAACUGGUAGGCUAAUGGGGUAAGAGGUAGUAACUAGUUUUUUAGCAGCUUUUUUAUUACUUGAAAACAAAAACCUGCCAACAGUUUUGAAAUUCUGACUAUUUGAGCUCUAUUUAUAUAUGUCAUCCUAAGGACAUGGUGACCAGCAGAUGAAUAUGGCCUGUUGAGUAUCCACUUACCAGAAAGUUCUUGUACCCUGAUGACAAAGCCUGCCUCUCAAUGGGGUCUUCAGCCUAAAAUUUUCUUCUCUCUCAGAGAGGAUUCUUUUAUAGGUCGUGCAGAGAAAUCAAUAUAUUUCACCCUGAAAGGUACAGGGACACAUUUAUAAGAUAAAAUUUUUUGAAAAACAUUAUCUUUACGUGAAGCGUCUCCCUAGUGCCUUACUGAGGAUGCGGUCGACCUCUUGUCGCUGGGCGGGGGCAUUUCCCAGACAGUGCCUCGCUCACCAGGACUGGCCCCCAACUCAGUCACAAAGGGCUGCUGCUGUUCUCCCAAUGUCCCUCACCCUGUCUGUCCUGUCCCGCCUGCCCUGCAUCCUCUGUGGUCAAGCACCAUGUGUAAUUCACAUCUGAGUUGUAAACCUGGAAGUGGACCUCAUCUGUGUGAGUAGCACCCGCCAAGAGCCAGGCCGCAGCAUUCCCAAGGUCCUCGAGCCGCACUGAACCCUGUUGCAUGGUGAGAUGGUCUGUAUUUGCCAUAUUUGCAACAAGGUAGGACAGAGCAGAGGUGUGGGUUCCUGACCUCAGCUGGCUUAGGGGAAGAGCACACCCCUCUGCUCACGCCCCAGUUCUGAAGUCCAGGCCUGGCCUCUGCUGCAGUGCCCUUGAGCUCAGCACACCCAGCUCAUGACAGUUGCAGAACUUUACAGUGGAGCAGCUUGUCAAGGCUGGGGUACACACCCCCCAAGAAAAUGAGUGGGAUGUGUUUCUGGAAACUACUGCAGGAGCUAAGCUCUUGGUUUUCCUGCUGGACCCCUAGGGGCGUGCAUUUUUUUCCUCUAGAUGUUGGCCGUUUCUUUUGAUCAUCCUUUGGGAGGUCCCCGUUGUCCAGUAGAAAGCUAGUAGGGUCCUCUGCGGUGGCUGGUUGGAGGGGGACCAGGUUGGGGUCAGAAAUAGUGGCAGACCUCGGCUUUCUCUAUUCUUCAUGUCAAUCAUCACAUCUCCUCCAGAGGAAAAUCGUUUCCCCUGCAAAGCCCGGGUCUAUGCAGACAGACUCAGCAAAGUGCACUAAGAGCCAUUCAUGUUAUCCCAAAGCCCAGUGUUUUCACAAAGAGCUGAAAUUGAAUCCUCUCUCUGCAUCCAGCCAACACCGGGCAGGGUGAGAACCAACCCCCAUCCCUGCCCUUGCCCGUCCUCUCUGAAUUGUCUGUUUCAUUUUCUUUUUGUAUGUGCAGCACCAAGCUUCCAGAUCCAUAAGAUACCUUGAUGAUGAGAUAAUUUUUUUUUUUCUGGAAACCACGCUUCAGAUUUUGCUGUAAUAUAGAGCUCGGAAGGACACAGUGUGUUCCUGUUUGCCUGAUUCCAUGGUGGCUGUGCUGAUAGCAGCACUGUAUGUUGUGUUCUUGGCAUUGGAGCCACUCUCCUUUGCAGCCCUGUUUCCCAAGUUCUGUUCAAGUUAAACUUACGUAAACUCUCCGUGGCACGCUGGGUGCAGUGCCCACACUGCUGUGUAAGACUCUGUAUUUGCCAAGCCACAGGCCUGAUGAAAUCGCUUGUUGUGUAUCAAUAAUCAUUAGUGGCAAUGAUGACAUUCUGAAAAGCUGCAAUACUUAUACAAUAAAUUUUACAAUUCUUUGGAA